CAUCUCCGCGCGCAUACACGAGUGAUGCUGUGGCCGGUAAUGCUGAACGAUGGGCGAUGAUUUGUUUUCAAGUCAAGACGACACGGCUGCUGCUAUGAUGUAAGUCUGCAUGGAUGAUGGGGGUUGGGCCAUGGCUACGGCACGUGACGACGCACGGACUAAAUUGAACGACAUCAUCGUGUCGCAGGCAGCUGCACCGUCCAGGAACGCGCCAGGUCACCAUGUCCUACUUCUUCUCCACCCCCGUCGACAUUGACAUUGUGCUCGAGGACCUCGAUGAUCGCUCUGCCGUUGAUGUCAAGCUAGAGAAAAGCCGUAAAGAAAAGGUGCCACUGUACCUUGAUGGCGAGUCGGUUAAGGGCCAGGUCACCGUACGGCCCAAAGAUGGCAAGCGUCUGGAGCACACGGGCAUCAAGGUGCAGUUCAUAGGCACAAUCGAAAUGUUCUUCGACCGCGGCAACCACCACGAGUUCCUCUCCCUCGGCCAGGAAUUGGCUGCACCCGGCGAGCUGCAGCACCCGCAAACCUUCGAGUUUAAUUUCAAGAACGUCGAAAAGCAAUACGAGUCGUACAAUGGCAUCAACGUCAAGCUGCGCUACUUUGUGCGCGUCACUGUGUCGCGCAGGAUGGCGGAUGUGGUGAGAGAAAAGGAUCUCUGGGUCUACUCGUACCGGAUACCGCCCGAGACGAACAGCUCCAUCAAGAUGGACGUGGGAAUUGAGGACUGUCUACACAUUGAGUUUGAGUACUCAAAGUCGAAAUACCACCUCAAGGACGUCAUUGUAGGCAGGAUAUACUUCCUCCUCGUGCGGCUGAAGAUCAAGCAUAUGGAGUUAUCCAUCAUUCGGAGAGAGACGACCGGCGCAGCCCCCAACCAGUACAACGAAAGCGAGACAUUAGUCCGGUUCGAGAUCAUGGAUGGCUCGCCCUCGCGAGGAGAGACGAUCCCUAUCCGGUUGUUCUUGGGCGGCUUUGACCUGACACCCACCUUCCGCGAAGUCAAUAAAAAGUACUCAACACGAUACUACCUCAGCUUGGUCCUCAUUGACGAAGACGCGCGACGAUACUUUAAACAGUCGGAGAUUGUUUUGUUCAGACAAGCGCCAGAAGGGCUGACUUUGGCUCAAGAACAGAACAAGCUCAUGGCAGUGUCAUGAAGGAUAGCUACAGACUCUUCUUGAUGCAUCAGUAGGCAAGCCAUCAUUACGCUCGCGAUAGGUUCCAAAUACUGCCAAGUUAAUGGAGUAGCCUCGUCUCGAACCUUGGCAGACGGUUCCUG